AUGAUCCUCAGUCCUGCCGCGUCCGGCCCCUCCUCACUUUCGAAGAUAUCCGCUACUCAGAUUCUCCUGCUGCUUGAUACCAUCAGUGAAAGAGAGGGAAAGGCAAAGUGGGACUCCAAGAGGGAGAAGAUACAGCGUCUGCUCGAUUCCAACGGCAUGGAGGUCUUCGCCCAGUUCUUCAGGCGAACCAUCACCCUGAACACCGCCGCCAUCUUCCAGGGUGCGAAAGACUUCGAUCAAGGGAGCUACAAGUUACUGCGUGAAGAGUUGGACAAGGUCGCUUCAGACCCAGAACAGCCAUCCAAGAUUGCCGAGGCCAUUGACACUUCCAAGGAAGAUUCCUUCCGCGACUUUGACCUUGUUGCCUUCAUUCAACAUUUCUUCGCCGAUACUCUUCCUCAAGUCAUUCUCGCCGUUGCCUUCACAAAAUGCGCUCGAGUCGAUCUGAGGACAAAAGCAGAAAAUUUCCUCGCCGAGUUCGCUGAAAGCUCCCUGCGCUCACUAACAGAUAGGCGCGGUGGGAAUGCGCAGACAUUCGCUAUUGAGAACAUCUGCUCCGUGAUCGAAUACUUUGCCCUAGCCGCCGCAACAACUACGCAGGAGCAGAAGGAUGAGCUCUGGCGCGCAGUCAUCAGUCGAUACAAUGGUACCAAACCCGAACAAUUCUAUGGUGCCUACCAGCUCCUACGUCUCUCAGCUGAAGCUCGAGAUAUCGCCCGCGGUCUACAACGCCAUGGUCCUAAGGCAGUCGCGUCAGAACAGGCCGCGCGAGAUUUCCUGGCGUCGUUACCAGCAACCAGUGUCACGGAGCCACAAGUGGCCAAUGCUCUCCUGUUCCUUGUUUUCUCCAUCAACCAACAAUAUGAUAUGUCAAACUUGGUGGAGGCUCUCCGGGCAAAACAGCUGGACUGGAACCUGGUCAUUCAAGGAUUUGACAUCCCAGGUCUUCGCAUGCGGAGGAACGAUUUCCCAAGGUUAUACAGGUCUUUGCUGCAUGUGGCACAGGAGGACCCGCAUUUCGAUGUCCAGAAACUCUGGGGAGGGAGAUGGCAGAAUCCAGAUACGCAGAUCCCCUUCCUUGGUGGAUUUCUCGCUUCUUCUUCCACAGACCUCCAGGCAACGACAAUACCGCGUCUUCGCGAAACCUUACCCGCAGAAGAUUUGAACAAUUUCUCCCCCGAAAUGACGAGAUUGAUCAGCCCUGAGCUCGAUGGUCCAUAUGUAUCCGCCGAUGCUUGCCAGGCCAUUUUUGAAGUAGUUCUGGGGACUGCUACGGGGCCCGAUGGAGAAGAUCGACUUGACAUAUUGCAGGAUGUAUAUCACAAUCACCCGGCUAUUUUCCUCUUGUUUUUAGCGAGGACAAACGCAAAAUCGUGGGUGCAAGAGCAGGAGAAAUUCAUCGCUGAAUGUUUCAGCUUUUUCCUCGAGAAGCAACGGCCAGAUUAUCGCCCUGUUCUCGAAACACUCGCGUCCCAGUAUCCCCAGUACCUGUUUGAACUUUGUCAUAUUGUCUUUUCGCUCGAUCCACGACAAACGGAAGUCAUAUACGAACGCGCGCAAGAAUUUGGGUGGACUGAAGAAUUCCUCAAACAUUGGUCAAAUCCUCUGGCACUUGACAUUGCCUGCAUGCGAGACAAGAUCGAUCCAGCAUUUGAUUUGGACCGGUAUCUCUCUGAAGCUGCUGAUGGGCAGACAAAUCUGGGUAUGAUUCUCUGCAAGUACCUUAGGAUUAAAGCAGACGACGAAUUUCGAGUCCAGCGUGGUGAAACCACUCCCCAGUCAAUCCCGCUCACCCUCCGAAGUGUGCAUACGCUUUUGGAGAAGCUCGAAGACCAUCUGGACAAUCGCGAGCUGGUUGAGGCCGCGCAGACCACGUGCUUGCAGACAUAUCCGCGGUUAAUGAACUACGGGGCCGGAUUUGAUGACAUACUGGAAAAAAGCAGUGAAGAAAAAGGCAACAAACUCUCAGAGGGUAUUGACAAGCAAAUGUCGGAACUGUUUGGUCGAAUGUAUCGAUCGGAGUUGUCCAUCCGUGACAUGGUGAACGAAAUGCGGAGAUUCAAGACUUCUCGAGAUCCAGAUCAGCAGGAUCUCUUUUGCUGCAUCGUCCAUGGACUAUUCGACGAGUACGUUUGCUACAAUGAGUACCCUGAAGAUGCGCUCGAGAAAACGGCGCUCCUAUUUGGAAGCAUCAUCAAGUAUAAACUGCUCCCAUCGAUCCCUCGAGACUUUGGCCUUGCUCUCAUACUCCGAGCUGUUCGCGAUCACGAACCCGAUAGCCUCAUGCACCGCUUCGGCAUCGAGGCACUACUUCAGAUCAGCGAUCAGCUCUCUGAAUGGCCUGGACUGUGCAGUUUACUGCUGCAGGAGCCUUCGCUUCAACAUCCAGAAAUCCUACAACGAGCUGAAGAAGGACUGCGUGCACAGCAAGCCGCUGGAAACGGUCUCGGUACAAAUGGCAUAUCAAGUGCCCACACAACGAAUGGCGAUGACUUUGUUGCACUGGACGCAGGCCGUGGCUUUCGAGCUUUGCGUGCCGACCCUCCACCGGCUGCCGCGCAUUUUCGAGACCCAGAUCAGAAAAUCCAAGAGAAAAUUCUGUUUGUCAUCAACAAUCUCUCCAAAGACAAUAUGGCCAGUAAAUUGGCCGACCUGAAAGAGUCGUUCACACCUGAGCACUAUCAAUGGUUCGCUUCGUACCUGGUGGAACAGCGUGCCAGGUUAGAACCGAAUAACCAGGAGAUGUACUUCCAGUUUGUCAACAUGCUCAAUGACAAUUUGCUCAUGUCAGAGGUCAUACGCGAGACCUACGUCAGUAUUGUCAAGAUCAUGAGCGCAGAAUCGACAAUCAGUUCUGCCACGGAAAGGAGCCACCUAAAAAAUCUUGGAGGUUGGCUCGGAUCUCUUACUCUCGCGCAGGAUAAGCCGAUUAAGCACCGAAACAUCUAUUUCGUUGAUCUCCUCGUGGAAGGCUAUGAGACUCAGAGACUGAUUCUUGUAAUACCAUUCACGUGCAAAGUCCUGGCUCAAGGCGCCAACUCGAUGGUCUUCGUACCCCCAAACCCCUGGUUGAUGGAAAUAGUGGGAGUUCUCUUGGAACUAUACCAUUUCGCAGAGCUGAAAUUGAACCUCAAGUUCGAGAUUGAGGUGCUUUGCAAAGAUCUUAAGCUCGACUUCAAGAAGCUUGAACCUGCUACAGUCAUUCGAGACCGACCACAGACAGAAGACGAUAUGGCAAACAUUCCUGCGCUACCAGACGGCCUGGAAAACUUUGACGAUAUGUCCUUGAACGGUGCCAUAACCAGGGCUGUUCGCGAACGUCUUUCCGCCCCCGAGAUCAUGGCCACCCUUCCAAAUCUUGAGGACGUGCUCAAGUACCCUCCCACCUCUGGCUCACCUGCAGAUCAGGCAAUGGUCAAGAGCAUCAUCUACCGUGCUUUUGACCAAGCCAUCCAGGAAAUCAUUGCACCAGUUGUCGAGCGGUCGAUCACCAUAGCAUCUAUCUCUACAGCCCAGCUUGUCACAAAGGACUACGCGCUUGAGCCGGAUCCAGAAAAGUACCGCACUGCCGCUAGGCAAAUGGUCAAGUCGCUUGCUGGAAGUUUGGCUCUUGUUACGUGCAAGGAGCCACUUCGAAUGAGCAUCUCCAAUUACAUUCGCCGUCCUGCCCAGGACGAUUUGCCAGAGCAUCUUUUGCCUGAAGGAGCCAUCCUCAUGUGUGUCAAUGACAAUCUGGACACUGCCUGUUCCUUCGUCGAACAAGCAGCUGAGCAACGUGCCGUAGCAGAAAUCGAGCAGGUCAUCGAAACCGAUCUGGAGGAACGCCGCCGAUUCCUUGCCGAAGGGGGAACUCGGGAUUUCAUCCCCCAGGGAAUUAACCGGUGGUCAGCGUGGAUUCCCGAGCCCUACAAGCAAACCGUCGGCGGACUUAACGAAGCACAACGGGCUGUCUACGAAGAGUUCGACCGUAGAGUGCACGGAAUGAACACUAGCCACCUUCCCAGCGCUUCCGCUGACACUACUGGGCGCCAGAUCCCUGACGUACUGCAAGAUCCUCUUACGAUGCCAAAUUUGUCGACACCUGCUGAUCAGCCUGCGAUUCCCCAUCAAAGUCCACUGGUCUCCCAAGAAAGUCGGAUGCUCUCUGCAAUGCAGCAGCCACGGGUCAACGGCUUCCCUGAGACACUACCACCCCAUGAAAGGAUCACCAUGCUCAUCGAAGACAUACAAAAGGCUGCUAGAGCAUCAGAAGCGACACGGCUGAAAGAUCUGGAGAAGAACAGCUCAAUCUUCCAAGAUUUCCGCCAAAUCCUCAUCGUGCUCACUUCUUCAACGCGCCCGGCAGCUGAUCUUCUGGCCCGGCAGAUUGCCGAGAAGAUCUGCCACAUUUUUGUCACCAAGCCGCCAGAAGGUCCUCUCGAGGCUGAGGUCUUAGCUUUCUUGCUUUCCAAACUAUGUCAGCUCUCGGACCUUAUUGUGCGCGAUGUUCUCAGGUGGAUGACAGCUAAUGAAGACUUGCUACUGGCCAGCUCCAACGUGGUUGUCGCACUGAUCACGGCAGGUUUGAUGGAGUUCGCUAGGGUCGAUGUCGCGAUCGCUGGAGUCAUCAUGAGUCGAAACAUCCACGGGCUCCAUGUCCUUGCUGAGAUCAUGGAUCAGACUCUGUUCACCGAUGAGCCUACGGCAUUGCGAGCGGACUUUGCACAUAGUCUCGUUGCAAUGGCAGCUUGGGUCAAGGAGAAACCAGAUCUUCCUGUUGCUCCAGAAAUCAACACAAAGUUGAAGGCUCACGGCAUGCCCGAGUUUGUCAGUGUCGAGAUUACCGACAAAGCCAAAGCAAAGCAAGACCAAAUGCGAUACGUGUUCGACGAGUGGGUGGGCAUCUUUGAAAGUAUUGGUCCAAAUGAAAGCACCUGCGCAGCAUUCCUGAAAGAACUCCACAAGGAGCAGACGAUUAACAGCACUGAGGACCUCACAGAGUUUUUGCGCUUGUGCAUUGACUCGUGCAUCGAAUGCUACGACCGAGAAGCUCAGAGUCCCAGAGGCAGCGUGGACGUGGCUUUCUCGCACGCGGAUGCACUUGGUCGGCUAGUGAUUAUGCUGGUCAAAUUUCAAGGAGAGACCAAUGGUGCAGUCCGGCUCAGCAAGGCACCCUACCUCGAAACUAUUUUGACGAUGCUGGUGUUGAUUUUGAACCACCACCAGAGCAUGCGGGGAGUUGCCUUCCACCAAAGACUUUUCACAAGACUGUUUGCCAAUAUGCUCUAUGAAUAUUCGGCUGCUCGGUUGGAUACGACUGUCGACCACAACGACCUGAUGUUUGCCUUUGCCAAGUGCUUCAAAUCUCUACAACCAUCGUGGUUUCCCGGGUUUACAUAUGGAUGGUACAGUCUCAUUGUGCACCGUGUCUUCGUUGCUGGCAUGCUGAAGCCAAACAAUCAAGAGGGAUGGGAUACUUACCGCGAGCUCGUCGGCUUCCUGCUCCUUUACAUCUCAGAGCUGUCACAGGUGCCUGGUUUCGACCUCCUGAAUCUUGACCUAUACAAAGGCACAUUGAGGAACAUUCUCAUUCUGCUACACGACUAUCCCGAAUUCCUGUGUGAAAACCACUCAUACUUUUGCUCGCGGAUAGCAUACGGGAUCCCGCAGCUGAGGAACCUGAUACUCACGGCCAAACCGUCGGCAUACCACGAUCUCCCGGACCCCAUGACGCCCGGACUCAAGGUCGAACGACUCGAAGAGAUGAAGAGGCAUCCGAUCCUGGCACGGGACUUUGAGACUCCUCUUCAACAGGCGGAGCUCAAAGACAUUGUCCUGGGGGCGAUUCGGAAAUCGGGCGAGCUGGACGGUGCUAUCAAGCAAAUCAAGCAGGCCCUCCAUGAUGAGCAGAAGGAGUCCACUGCCAUGGCUCCAGCCAAGAGCGUGGAAAUUAUCAACGCUCUCGUGCCAUUCGUCGGGCAGGACGCACUCAGCAAUUCCCCGGGGAGAUUCGAUUCCGGUGCAGCACCGGUGGCCUUCUUCGCGAAGCUUGCUGCCAGCCUAGGCUAUGACGGGCGCUACCAACUCCUCAAUGCCAUUGCAGACCAGAUUCGCUAUCCCAGUACGCACACUGACUUCUUCUGCAAGGUGAUGCUCCACCUUUGGGGGACAGGGAGUGGAGAUGAGCAACAGCGCGAACUGCGGGAACAAAUAUCGCGGGUAGUGUAUGAACGGCUGACGGUUGCGCGGCCCCACGUCUGGGGGAUGACCAUCCUGUUUCUCGAAUUGCAGCAGAAUAACAGCUACGGCUUCUGGGAGAAUCUUGCCCCAGAUACGGCCAUGCAACAACGCCUGCAACAAGCCAUGCGGACGGCCCACUAG